UUUUAAAUUGCUAAGCAGCUCAUACACCCCAGUGUACAUGAUACCAGGCAGCAGAGGAUUCCACAUUUGCUCCCUGUCCUUAUGACUCAUCACUCUGCAUCCAGCAGUCCCCAGUGGCUGUGGGGAUCUCCAAGGCCAUAGCGGGGCAUCCAACCCAGCUGGCUCCAACCUCAGAGGUCGACAGGAAGGUGUGAGUAGAGGGUUGAGCAACUGUGUCUUCCCGGUCGACUUCACAGGCCCUCCAAGUGCUGAUUUCAUCUCUUUCCUGACAAAAGUUUGGAGCCGGCAGGGAAAUGGUUUGGCAGCAAAUCAACUCGCGGUGGGAGGAAGGAGCCACGUGGAGAGCGCAGAUGCUGGAGCACAGAGAGCCAGCCAGCCUUUUGCUGGUCUAAGAGCUAAGUGAUUGGUGACACGGUGCUCCGAGGUUCCUGAGGUGGGAAUCUACCCAGGCUCCCUGGGAUGUUGGUGGCCUUCGUACCCGACUGGCUGAGGGGCAGUGCGGAAGCUGAUCAAGAGACCACCCAGCGGCUCCUGGAAGAGAACGAGCAGCUCAUCGGCUGUACCGUGGAGUAUCAGUACAAGGGCCGGGCGAGCAAGUGCCUCCAAUACUGGUGUGUGUUACGUAGAAGUCUCAUUUAUCUGGCUACCAAUGCACAAGCCAGCCCAGCCCAUACUUCAAAAGCAGAAUAAUCUUCCUGUUGGCCAUUGUGAAGAGAAAUUGAAUAUAAUCAGUUCCUACCAAAUGGAGACAGAAUCUUUACCAACUCAGCUGCUCAAAACAUGAAGGAAACCCCUGUGGCUCUUUUAAAAAUGUGAAGAAGGGGCUGGUGCUGUGGUGUAAUGGGUGAAGCUACCGCCUGCAGUGCCGGCAUCCCAUGUUGGUGCUGGUUCGAAUCCCGGCUGCCCCACUUCUGAUCCAGCUCUCUGCUGUGGCCUGGGAAAGCAGUAGAAGAUGGCCCAAGUCCUUGGGCCCCUGCACCUGUGUGGGAGACCUGGAGGAAGCUCCUGGCUCUUGGCUUUGGAUUGUCAGAGCUCGGGCCAUUGCGGGCCAUUUGGGGAUUGAAACAAUAGGUGGAAAAUCUCUCUUUCUCUCUCUGUCUCUGCCUCUCUCUGUAACUCUGCCUUUCAAUAAAAUAAAUAAAUAUUUUUUAAAAAUGUGAAGAAGGCUGCAGACUUAACUGUGUUCUCAGUAUAAAUAUUUGUCUUAAUAAUUAAGCAGAUCCCUCAAUAGAUUGGGCCCAGACAUCCUUUCCUGAAAUGAGAGCACGUUUGCAAAACAGACACAGUGGACAGCUUCAAGGCUACGUUUUGGCUCCAGCCUAAGAAGUUUCUACUGAGUGUUGGGUGAUCAGCAGGAAUUGGUGAGACUCUUGACUCUGACCUUGCCAGAUGGACACGUGGCUGUGUGGCUCCUUCCGACCAGUUUGUAAAUGUCCUCUCUCUGACGACUCUUUUCCGGUUGCUUUGAAAUAAAACUUGCUUUUUCACAAUAAAUAAAAAAAUAAAAUAAAAGCAAUUGGCGUGCAAUAGUAAUGACAGGGGCUGGUGUUGUGGUGUAGUGGCCUUCCCCACAAUACGCCCUACCGGGCCACCAGAACCCCACUCCCUGCCUCUGUCUCCUCCUUGGUUCUCAUGGGCACUGUGGAACCUUCCUGCCCAGCAACGCUGCCGAUACCACUCCACGCUACGCAGCCGCAGACAGGAGAGUUUUAACAACAAAGGUGACAUGGUGGUCAACCGAAGCUCUGGGCUCCCCACCAAAUCCAGUCAGUACCUCCACGUGGUUCUAGCCACGUCCCUGGGUCCCCAGCGCUGAGCCUGACUGCUGCUGCCCCCCUGCAGGCGAUGCCUUCUGUAGCAUU